CAGAAGCUUGAUUUUCCAGUUUGACGAGUUGAGAUGGCAAACUGGGCUGGCAUUUACUGUAACUGCAGUCAAGCUCAUUCCAUCUGCAUGCCAGUAAAACAACACUGAAUGCACAAUGCAGUAUGAUCGUGUGAUAUGCCUGGCCUUGUUGUUGCCCGUUUUGUUUGAAACAGUUCAUGGACAUUAUGGAUUCAUCCUAGUUCUCUGCCGUGUACUUGGUUCUCUACAAAAUGUUGAGAUUAUCUACUCAAUCAAUUAUGACAAAAAAGAACUGCUGAGAUUCAACAGUACUGAGAAUAAAGUUGCUGCUUACACUGAAUACGCAAUGAAAUGGGCAGAUGAUUUUAAUAAAAAACCUGAGUGGCUACACAUGGAGGCUGAAAAAGCUAUUGCCGACUGCAAGCGCUUUGGGCAGCUAUACCUCCCUGAGGUAGAAAAAACAGUAAAACCAGAAGUCACAGUCCGAUCAGUAAGACAAGCCAGUGGUAAAAAUCCAGCCAUGUUGAUCUGCAGUGCCUAUGACUUCUACCCUAAACCCAUCAAACUGACAUGGAUGAGAGAUGAUAAAGAGGUGACAACUGAUGUGACGUCCACCGAGGAGCUGGCUGAUGGAGACUGGUACUACCAGAUCCACUCCCACCUGGAAUACUUCCCUAAACCUGGAGAGAAGAUCUCCUGUGUGGUGGAGCACGCCAGCUCCCAUAAACCCAUGAUCUAUGACUUGGAUUCAUCGCUGUCAGAGUCUGACAGGAAUAAGUUCAUAACUGGUGCCGCAGGGGUGGUGUUGGGGGUGAUUAUGGCAGCUGGAGGACUGAUCUACUAUAAAAGAAAACACACAGCACUCAUCAUAUCAGCUGGAAGUCAAUGCUCUGAACCUCUGCAGACAAUCAGCAGUGCUGAAGAGCAGUAGAUGAACAUUGUGUAACACACUGUGUAUCAGCAUAUGAAAGACGGAAACCCUCCAUAAGAUCUUCAGAGACAAAAGGAUUUUGACAAAAGGAAAGAACCAGUUAAACUGCAAGUUUUAUUGAUCGAAUUUAGUUUAUUAACUAUAAAUUAACUAGCUGAUUAAUUUCAGUUUAUUAACUGCAAGUGAUUAAUCAAAGAGGGAGAAGUUUUCCUCUGUGGUUUGUUCUAAUUGCACACAUUCCUUUUUGUAAAGGUUAAUGAAAAUUAAUCUACAUUUGUAUGUUGAUUCAUCAUCUAUUUUUUCAAUCUGGAGUGAAUGCUCUGUCAUAGACAUCUCAGUGAAAAUAAAUCGACAG